GACUUGUGCAUGUGGUCGUUCAAGUUAGUACUGGUCUUCUUUAGUUCAGUUUUUGUACGGAAAACGAAGAAAAGUGGAAAAGCAUUGAGCUUAGUGUGACAAAAUUGGGUGUCUGAAAUGGUGGAUUUUGUGUUACCAAGUGAUUCUAAUCCGGUUUUUACACCAAGGACAGUAUAUGUGACUAUGGGUGUGAUGUUCAGGGGCACAUAAAAUUUAAUUCCCUCUUCAUAUUUAAAAAAAUAUUCCGAGUUAAACGUAUUGUACUUAUUUAAUAACUGUAUAUAAUGGAUAAAUGCGAGAAGCAAGAAAUUGACUUGUCUUGUGAAGUUUCAUCCCUGCAGUACUUCAAAAGUUCUUUUGCCAGAUCUAUGGCUGUUGACUGCAUGGACCAAAGUAAAUCACUAGAUAAUGCUUUUCUGGACAGACCAUUUGUUAGUGGAAAAGGUGCCCAUCGCCAAACUGAAAGUGAAACAUUGUGGACUUCAUCUUCUAAGAACAGUAAUCGAAAUUGUAAAGUUACAACACUGUGCGAAAGAAAUAAACUGUUGCAAAAUGGUUGUGAUUUGUCUUAUGUUACACCUCUCAGGAAGAACAACAGAACUAGAAGUCAAAGCAUUGAUGCCGAAAAGCUUUGGAAAGCAAAACAGGAUGUAUCAAGUGAUGUGGUUCAUCAGAAUGACAUAAAUCGCAGUGGUCAUCUCCAGAAUGCUUGCAACUCACACACCGAAUCUGACGUCCUUCGUCUUCGAAGGGAGUGCCAGAACCUUCUAGAAGAGAACAGGCGUCUUCACACAGCUUUGGAGUUACGUUCAGUACCCUUCACAAACGGCCGAAGCUUGCAGAUGAUAGACAGCACCAUUCUGCAGUCCCAAGUUGACACUUUGCAGUGGCAACUCAAGCAGGCCGAGUCAAGUCGGCAAAUGUACCGGGCCAUGAUGGAACAGGUUGUGAGAUUUCUGGAGCGAGCAUACAAGAAUCUUGACUUAAUUAAGGACAAAAUGGACCCCACAGGAAGAUCAAACAAGUCAAGCCCUUCCAGAGUUCCUCGAUCUCGCAGUGUCCAUACAGUGGAUGUUUCACCGAGUCGAGAAUCCUCAAAAUCUGAAACUCCACCUCACUUCCCGCGUGCUAAAAGUAUCGCACAGAUCGAAGCUUCUCCCAACUACAGUACUUUCCGUGACUUCACAUGGCGCCGCCCAAGACCAGCUCGUUCUGAACCUGAUGAAGUUCCACCUGAGAAAUUAUCUCAAGAAGCAUUCCGCUUGCUUCGUACAGCACAGUCAUUACUGAACACCAGAGAACCUGACCUUGUGCAAAGACUGUAUCCAGAAAUCGAACGCGAUACCGUUCCUGACCAUGACUCUAGCAACAGCCAUCGCAGUAGUCUUUCCUCACCCAUACAUGGACCAGAUGAACAUUUAGAUACAGGCACUUUUCCAAGUAGCAGCAAUCGAAAACCUGAGUCAAUUUCUUUGUCAGCUGGCAGCUGCAAUUCCCUUCAGCGACAAUCACUUGAUACAUCAUCCCUCCAUUCUGCUAGCAACACUAAUAACAGCUCUUUAACUAGUGGACUAGAAUCUGCCUUUGCUGGAGGCUGCAGCACCAUGUCCCCAACGUACACUUCUUCCCUUGGUCGUCCUCGAAAAUGCAAGGCAUCUACUCUUCCUGUGCUGGAGUCAGGUUAUAUGACACAAGGCAGCGUAAACAGCAGUCGACCUGUACCUCAGCUCAGUGUGAGCUCAACUGAGGAUGAGAGUGGGUUCUCCUCCAUGAACUCCUUCCAAGAAGUGGGACUGCCAUUGAUAAAUGAAUCCCCAACUUCAGUCUACGCCAAACACCCAUCUUCAUGCAAUGACACCCGGUAUCAUCCUAGUACUGAGAACUUGACAAGCCAGCCAGCAUCUUACUGUGGACCUACAUACCAGGAACUGGGAUUGCCAGUAGUCGACAUUCCAUCGAAUAACUGCAACAAGAAAGGUGCCACUCCAACACACAGACGCUGGAGUUCCAGCCCGGCUGAAACUAUAUCACAUUACUCAAAAAACAGUGCCUCAUUUAUUGGUGCAGGAGAGGCAUUAAGGGUUCUUUGGGUCUGAAUGCAAAUGUAUAUAUAUAUUCUGCUGCUUUAGUGUUUUUAAAGUAUAUUCAUUUUGCUAGCACCACUUAUGUCUCUACGGUAGCUAGCAGCACUUAUGUCUCUACAGUAGCUAGCAGUACCUAUUACUGCUUGGUAUUUCACUCACUUGGAUUGUUUGCAAUUUGUAAAAGUUGCUUGAUUACAAUAAAUAAUCACUCGCUUUCCUGGAUAUAAAAUGUGCUAUUUAUCUGUAAACAAAAUCUGCAAGUAAUGAAUUGAAAGGAUAAAAGUGUAUACAUUGAUUCAUAUCACUAAGAUAGGGAUUGAUAGAACACUUAAUUAACAAAGAAUAAAUGCUUAUUUCUUGGUACUUGGUACCAGCAUUCAGACAGUGCAACUUUUAUGAUAUUUUCAGUCUUAGUUUAAAUGUCCCGGCCCAUAGUCACAGUUUAACUGAAUGUGUAGUGGAUAUGUGUCAUUUAAAGGUAAUGUCAUCCUCAGCUUUGCUCUUAAAAGAUUAGUUAAGAUACUUCUUAAGAGUGUGAAUUCCAGUGUGUCUACAUAUUCUUUUCGUUUUUAUUCAUUCUCCAUAUUGGAUUGAAGAGUACUGUCGUCUGUGAAGUAAUGCUCUUUUAAUCUAGCAGAAUCUAGCAGACAUUUCAGUGGGGCAUACUACUUCCAUCUUCAGGGUUGAAGAAUAAAUAAAGGAACCAGCAAGAAAUGUAUGACAAGGAGUUUCUUGCAGGUUCUUACUUGACUUAACCUGCAACUGUGAAGAUGGAGGUCAUAUGUUUCUCUGAACUGACAGUGAACUCAUAGAAAUAUUCUGUUUUAGCCUCAUAUUGUGUAUGCGAAUUGUCAUUAUUUUAUACUUAUUAUUCUGGAGAUGCAAAAAAUAAAUAAAAAUAAAUAGUGGACUCCUACUGAACUACACUCGGUUAAUCCCAGAAGGCAGUACUCUUCAUUGCCAACACUGAGAACCACACAUUCUCCAUGCUGGAUUGUUUGCUGAAUUAAAUCUGUAGAGGCAGAAUUGUACUACUGUGUGUUUCAGCCUGAACUUAUUAUUGUUUCAGUGCUGGAUUAAUCACAGAGUAUCCAACAUUUGAGAACUAUCUUGGGGUCAGUAUGUCUGGAUACACUUUAUUGAGAAGUACAGGAAAAUAUGCAGAUGUGAAACUUUAUCCGCAAUUUGUGCACAGAGAUGGAUCUGAUUACCAAUAAAAAACAAAAUUUCAUUUACGUAUUAAUUUAAACGUUGCAUUUUAUUAAAACAUUAAACUUUUGAAACAGAUGGACAGCCCACAGUCGCCAUUUCCCCAUAGAAUGAACUCCCUCAGGACCAGUCUUAAAUUCAUUCUCCAGCUCAAGAAUUUUAGUAGAGAAACCUCUUGGAUAAUAUCUAUUUGAAAUUCCAUAGAGGAGACAAGAGCGGGUGGAUAGUACCUUAUUGGGAUCAUGUGCUCUGUGUGUGUGUCGCUGCUCAUCUUUAAUACGCUCUGUCUGGUGUGUUGUGUCACAAUAGUGUAUUAAAGAUGAGCAGCAACACACACACAGUGAGCCUGCACAGAAUAAUACGUGAAUGGUGCUGAAAAUAAGAAAUAGCCGCCGCAGCACAUGUGGACACACAGAGCAGGUAUCCCCUGUGAUGUAAAACUUUAAUUUUGAAUUUUAAAAGUUAUAAAAUUUUAAAUUUUAAAUUAGAAUUCUAAA